AUGAAGCCUCUCCUGUUCACUCUCUUCCUCUUCUAUUCCUGCCUCCAAGAAGGAAACAGCAACCUCUGUGAGGACCUGACGUUGCUGAAGACUGAGUUUGCACUCUGCCUCUACAAGAGCGUGGCAUCAGACAGAAAUGGAACAAAUGUUGUCAUCCCACCAGUGUCCACCCCUCUGGAGAUCCUGGAGUUUGGAGCCCAAGGGAAUACUGGCUGGCAGCUGGCAGACGCCCUGGGUUAUACCACCCAUGAUAAAAGGGUGAGAGACUUCUUGCACGUUAUUUAUGCCAAGCUGCCCAGCUCCAGGCAAGGCACCAAGAUGGAGCUGGCCUGCACCCUUGUCGUGCAGGUGGGAAUGCUGCUCUCCCACUGCUUUGUGGAGCAGGUCUCCUGGUGGGGCAACUGCAGCCUGGAGCCCGCCAACCUCCGUGAGUCCAACGGCACCACCAUCCAGGCCGAGGAGCGGGCUUCCAGACAGAGUGCAGUUAAGAGAAAAUUGUCCAUCUCAAUGAGGCUAACGUCAGGUGGCUGUAAAGACAGAAUACCACUCAUUACUUGUCACAAGCCAUGUGGAUGGGUACUUAGGCCUCCCUCAAUUGCAGCAGAAGUUUGUCCUCUUGGGAGACCCUACCCUGACUUAACACUUUCCUGUCUCAGCUCGUUCUUGGUCUUCAGCAACACGAUUCUGCAACUAAUAGGUACUAACAAACAGGCUACAAACCCAACUUCGGGGUUGCCUCAGCACCCUCAGAGCAUGUACGCAGAUGUCAGCCACACAGUCACUCUCCCGCUUGCAGGUGAGGGCCCAGGGGGCUCGACGUGGGACCAAGGUGGUACAGCGUUUGCUCAGCUGGUGUUUGUAAGCAGCAUGUCUUUCCAAAGUGCUUGGUGGCAGAGAUUCUCCUUCAUGGACACUCAGCUCCUGUCUUUCACCUGGGCACAAGGCCUGGUCCUCCAGGUCCCCACGAUGUACCAAAUGGCUGAGGCCAACUAUGGCCAGUUCCAGGACCCCAUGGGCCAUCAGAUGGAAGUACUGGAGCUGCCUUACCUGGGAAGUGCAGUGAGUCUACUCCUGGUGCUGCCUCAUGACAAAGACACCCCUCUGAGCCACACUGAGCCUCACCUCACAGCCAGCAUCAUCCACAUCUGGACCUCCAGCCUGAGGAGCAGGAUGGAUGCAUUCCUGCCCAGAUUUAGGAUCCAAAAUCAUUUCAAUUUAAAAAGUAUUUUAAAUUCUUGGGGAGUCACUGAUCUUUCUGAUCCACUCAAAGCUAACUUGAAAGGAAUUUCAGAUAACAACAGUUCUUCCAAACUUUUUGGCCAAGAUGACUUUCAUGUUUCUGAAGCGAUCCACAAAGCCAAGAUUGAGAUUUCAGAGAAAGGCACUAAGGCAUCUGCGGCGACAGCUCUAUUGUUACUGAAAAGGUCUCGGAUUCCUAUUUUUAAAGCAGAUCGACCAUUCAUCUUUUUCCUGAGAGAACCCAACACAGGUAUUAGGUAUUUUUGAUAAAAUUCAGAUAAAUCAAAUAUUUAUCAACAUGUCUCUAGCAAUAAGGGCUCAUUUGCCCACUGUGACCUAAAUCAAGCAUUCCCUGUAGCUAGUUUCUAUGGUGCACCAGAAGCUUCCCAGUUGCAUAUCCAGAGAAAGGGGAAUAUUUCAUAACUACAAAGAAAACUAAUAUCCUCUGUGGGGUCUCUCCCCCACCCCCCUCAGCUCAUUUGUAGCUGAUGUAGAUUUUAAAAUUCAGGUUUCUAUUUCUGAGGAGACUUAGAAAAAUCAUGCAAGUAAUAUAAAUGAUAAAUCCUUUUUCCAUUGCUGCCUAGCUUUCUUGUCACUAUAGGAUAAAAGGUUGUUCCUUCAGACAACAUGAGCAGGGGUCAGCAAACUGCAGCUCGCAAGCCACAUGCAGCUUUUUGGGUACGUACAUGUGGC